UAUGUGAUUUGGUGUACCGUUUGAAUUGGCCGCUAAAAGCACUUUUUCCGCGUAAAAUCGCUGUAAAAAGGGGUGAAAUCUUCACCUUUCUGUUCUAUUCCACGCCCUGGACCAACAGACUGCACGACCUCCGGUUCCCGUUGGAAGAGUAAGCCAGGAAAGACGCACCCAACCGCAGUACGUCCAAGUUCCUCGACGAGACGAGGUGGAAACCACGAAAAAGGGGUUCUAUUUCCUGUUGCAACGUCCCUGGGAACCAAUCGACCACCCACUCACAAUCAACUCGCACCGGAGAGCACACCAGAAGGCAGCCACCGAGGCCGGGGAAUCUGCGGCGGAGGCACACGGGCAAAAGGGCAUCGCGAUCCGCGGAAGCCGCACCGAUUUGAUUUCUCCUUCCAGCCACAUCUCCUGUUGUUACGGCUAGGCUAAUAUCGGCCAGCCCCUCAAAUCCGGAACAUCCACAUCCCAAAUUCCAUUCCGCAAAUUCGAUUUUUCAGCAGCAGCAGCGAUUUGCCAACAUUAUGCUAUGUUGAAUAGCGUAGCCCGCGCCCUGCGAACAAGUUGGAAAGUGCCGCGCGGUUCCGGGAGCGCCUGCACAUCUCCCGUCCCCUCCGUUUCCGAGUGUUGCACGACCUCCGGUUCUCCGUUUCUGCAUCCCGCGGUCUCGCACCCGGCCCAAGUGCGGUCCUGCUCGAACGGAACCUCCAAGCAAGGGGCAGGCGGCGGAAUGGCUUCGAAGGAACCAAAGUUCACGAAUCGGCUGGCACAGGAGAAAUCGCCGUACCUGUUGCAGCAUGCGCAUAAUCCUGUCGAUUGGUAUCCUUGGGGCGAUGAGGCGAUUCAGAGGGCGCGCAAGGAGGACAAACUGAUCUUCCUGUCUGUUGGCUACAGCACGUGCCACUGGUGUCACGUGAUGGAGCGUGAAUCGUUUGAGGACGAAAAGGUCGCUACCUUGAUGAACAAACAUUUUAUAAAUAUAAAGGUGGACAGGGAAGAAAAUCCUAAUGUGGAUAAGCUGUAUAUGCUUUUCGUUGUCCUCUGCAACGGGUCGGGCGGUUGGCCCAUGAGCGUUUGGUUAACGCCCGAUCUUGCCCCGGUCACCGGAGGUACGUACUUCCCUCCGAACGACCGGUGGGGAAUGCCGGGUUUCACAACCGUACUGAAUAAGCUGGCCGCCAAAUGGGCCACCGAUCGUGAGGAUCUCGUCCGGACGGGACGCUCGGUGAUUGAAGCGAUCAAGCGCAACGUCGACCAGAAGCAGGGAUCGGGCGACGGCGAUGAAGAGGAGGGCGCGGCUGCGGUAGCCGCUACAAGCGAAACACUCGAGGCCAAGUUUCGCCAAGCGAUCAAUCUUUACCAGCGUAACUACGAUCCCGUCUGGGGUGGUUCGCUGGGGGCGCCCAAGUUCCCGGAGGCGGCCAAGCUCAAUCUUAUGUUUCACCUGCACGUGCAGGAACCGAAACACAAGGUGCUGGGUGUGGUAUUGAACACGCUGGAUAAGAUAGCCGCCGGCGGGAUUCACGAUCACGUGUUCGGUGGGUUCGCACGCUACUCGGUUGAUAAGAAGUGGCACGUCCCGCACUUUGAGAAGAUGUUGUACGAUCAAGGUCAGCUGUUGUCACUCUACGCCAACGGCUAUCGGUUGACACAAAAACCGCUCUACCUGACCGUGGCCGAUGCCAUCUAUCGGUAUCUGUGCAAGGACCUGCGACACCCGAACGGAGGGUUCUACAGUGGCGAAGACGCCGACUCGCUGCCCACCGCCGACAGCGAGGAGAAGGUGGAGGGUGCCUUUUACGCUUGGACGUACGCCGAGAUCAAGGAGACGCUGGAGCGCGGUGCGGCCAAGUUCGGUGAUACGACGGUCAGCCCGAUCGAGGUGUACGCCGAGCACUACGAUAUCAAGGAAACGGGUAACGUGGAACCGGCCAGUGAUCCGCAUGGGCAUCUGCUCGGCAAAAACAUCCCGAUCGUGUACGGAUCGGUUCGUGAAACGGCCGAAAAGUGUGGCACCAGCCCGGAAAUCGUGGAGCGUGUGUUGCACGUUGCGAAUGAGUUGCUACACGAGGAGCGCGAACGACGACCGAGACCGCACCUCGAUACGAAGAUCAUCUGCGCGUGGAAUGGACUCGUCCUGUCCGGAUUGUCCCACUUGGCCUGUGUGCAGGAUGCACAGGAUCGGACCAAGUACCUAGCGACGGCGGCAGAGUUGGUGAAGUUCGUGCGGGCCAACCUGUACGAUGUGCAGGCGCGCAAGCUGCUCCGGUCGUGCUACGGCGACGGAGAGGAAACGUUGGCCUCCGAGCGACCCAUUUACGGUUUCCUCGAUGAUUAUGCGUUCCUGAUCCGAGGCUUGAUCGAUUACUAUGUAGCAUCGCUCGAUGAGCAUGCGCUACAUUGGGCUAAGGAACUGCAGGACAUCCAGGAUGAGCUGUUCUGGGAUCCGAAGAACGGUGCUUACUUCUACUCGGAGGCCAACUCACCGAAUGUGGUCGUACGGCUAAAGGAAGAUCACGAUGGUGCGGAACCGUCCGGAAAUAGUGUCGCUGGCCACAAUCUGCUUCUGCUCCAUGAUUACUUCGAGGAGGAACGGCUCAAGGAGCGAGCAAAGAAGCUGUUCGCGUACUUCUCCGAAAGCAGCCCGUUUGGGUACGUGCUGCCCGAGAUGAUGUCGGCGGCACUGGUUGAGGAACACGGGAAGCAUACGCUGAUCGUGGUUGGACCAGAAUCCCCAGAAGCGACCGCACUCGUGGAUGCCGUCCGACGGUUCUAUAUCCCGGGUAUGAUCAUCGUGCAGUUGAAGAUCGAUAAGCCGGCGCAUAUCGAGCGACGCCGCAAGUCGCUCGACAACUUCAAGAUGGUCAAGAACAUGCCAACGGCGUAUGUCUGCCACAACCGGGUGUGCCACCUGCCGGUUACCGAGCCGGAGCGUCUGGCGGAAGAGUUCCAGCCGCGCUAUACCUUCGACUAUCUCGAGUACGAGAACUGAUUUUUCGAGGCCUAAGGUCACUUUCAUGCGUCACGAUCGACGAUAACCAUGGAACGACUGGCGGCCGCUAAACAGGGUGAAGAAAAGCGUGAAAACCCCGGACGCACGCACAUAAAAUUCAGUUACAAACUGGUAAACAUCACAAGGACAAGGCACGGAAACAGGAGCGCAGAGGUAAAGCUAAUUUGUGAUCGAAAAAAACGGCAAGAAAUGUUGAAUGUUAAAUAUCAAACGACUACGGCGACGAUAAUGAAUGCUUUAAAAAAGGACGAAGCAAAGCUAGUUUGCUUCGCAUCUUCGUUGCUUUUGAUGUGACACACCAUCCCGCGUACGGAAACAAUGGAGCAUGCAAUGUGCGAUAUCUUUCUCGGUAUCCGCAUGCUAUUUGCUAUACCUUCUCCAGAAUGGUUCUCUCUCUGCAAAAUCCUUUUUCAACCUAAGCCUUCCACCAACAGGAAUUGUUGUUAUCUGUUACACCAAUGCUACAUUGAAUGUUCCGUUUCGUUUCCAAUUUUGUUACUAAUUUAUCGGCUACAUGUUGAAAGAGGAGAUUACCAUAAGGAGAGGAAGUGUAGAGUAGAGCAGAGUAGCGAACCCAUAAACGAUAUCUUUCAAACAAAGUUAAAGCAUUACCACUCGGAACGUACUACUACAGUAGGAGAGUAGCGGAAUUACCUUUUAUCGACCACCAGCAAAGUAGCAAGCAAUGGACCAUAGCGAUAGAGCACUUAUCGGUAGAGCAAAACAUGAAAAAAAAAUCACGCUAAUAUUCGUCGCCGCCACCCAUUUUACAAAAACAAUUUUGUACCAAGCACGGAUCGGCCAAACCAGUGUUGGCGGCUUUUCCUGGAAUUUUGAACUCGAAUAUUGCGCAACUUUUAAUGUUUGUAAUACCUGGCUCCCAGUGGUGAGCGCAUACAUACACAUCCUUUUAUCAAAACUACGCUUAUUGGCAAAUCGAUCGAUCGAUGAUCGAUAAAAAAUAUGACUGUGGUUGAGGAAGAAGCAACCAGCGAGUAACGAUGAGGCCAAAUGAUAGCGAUGUUUUAAUCUGUUGGAAAAAUGCAGUGUGUGUUUUUGAUCCGAAGUUUUAAAUGGCAAACAAAUCGAUUAAUGUUACUAGUACGAUAGGGCGUGGGGUCCGUGUGGGCCGUUAAGCCACACGCAACACCACUACCACUACCACUUCAUAAAUAUUCUAAACGAUUAACGGAUAGGAUUCGAUAGCGGAAUUCGAACAAAGUAGCAACGACAACGUUUUGCCGUAAUACCGUAGUUUCGGUUCGUUUUGCUCCUCUAUCUCUCAAACGAUAUCAAUGAUAUUAUUACGAUAAACGUAAAAUACAGCAAAAAAAAACAAAUAAAAUUUGGAAAAAGCA